AUGAGCAAAUUCAAAGAAGAAAAAGCAUUAAAGAACCAAAAAGAAAAAUCUAAAGGAACAUUACCAUUUUUAGAUAAAGCAUUUUUUAAAGAAGAAUCUAAUGUUUUUCAUAAUUCAAGAUCAUGUAAUGAGGAUUCUAAAAAUGAAGAUAAAAUAGAAGCAUGGAAAUCUAGAAAAAAACACUUUUUUAUACUUUCUAGAGCUGGUAAGCCAGUCUAUAGUAGAUAUGGAGAUGAAAUGAUUAUAUCUGAAUACAUGGGAAUUAUACAAAUAAUUAUAAGUUUUUUUCAUAGUAAAGAAGACAAUCUUAGAAGUUUUGCAUCAAAAAAUUUAACAGUAGUUAUCUUGUUAGAAGGUCCUUUAUAUUUAGUAGGUAUUUCAAAAUUACAUGAAUCUGAAACACAGAUUAAAGCGCAACUUAACAUACUAUAUACUCAAAUAACAACAAUGCUUACACUAGACAAAUUAUUAAAUAUUUUUGUCCAUAAAGAAAAUUUCGACUUAAAAAGACUCCUUGGAAAUACAAAAAUAUUUCUCGAUGCACUUUCUGAUGUAAUCAUUGAAGGAGAACCAUCUAUCUUAUUAAAUGGAUUACAAUGCUUAAGGCUCAGAAGAUCUAUUAGGAUGAAAAUAGACUCUAUUUUAAUUAAAGCAAAGGCAAAAAAAUUAUUAUAUGGAAUAAUUGUAUCAAACUUAUGCAUAAUUAAAUUAUUUUUACUAUUUUCUAUGAUAUUUAAUACCACAUCAUUUAAAGAUGGAACUGAACACUGGAUACCAUUAUGUUUCCCUAAAUUUGAUCCUAAAGGAUUUACAUACUGUUAUAUAACUUUUAUAUCAGAAUCAACUGCAAUUGUAUUAAUUUCAACAGAUAAAAAUACUUUUUUUGAGAUGAGACAAAUGAAACAAAAAAUUAUUAAUGAUUUUAAUGUUCACAAUAUUUUAAACGUAAUAAAAUUUGCAGAGACAUCUUAUACAACAUCUGACACCAAUGCACCUUAUCUCUAUCAUUUUAUAUACAAAUCAAGGGCUGAUGUACAAUUUACUAUGCCACAGUGGGAAACAUCUGAAAAUAUUAUUCAAAAACAAAAAAUAAUGAAAAUUUACCAUAAACUUCAUUCUCUAACUCAGAAAAAAUCAUAUAGCAGACUUCAAUUUAUUUCUACUAAAAACUAUAUAGCAAUUGCAUGGAUAACAUCAAUUUUUGAGUUUUUUACAAUAGCCAAACCAGAGACAACCAAACAACACUUAAUUAAAAAUGUUAAUUCGGUAUUAAAAUGGAUAAAAAAAGAAGAAUACAGAUUGUUUAUUAAAAACGGAGCUACAUUUUAA